AUGAAGUUCUUUGCUCUGUGCGCAUUCUUGAUCUUUGCUCUGUUGGUUGUCCAAUUCACUCCUGGACAAUGUCACGGUGGUCGUAGGUUUGGCGGAUACGGAGGACCUGGCGGAUACGGAGGACUCGGCGGAUACGGAGGACCUGGCGGAUACGGAGGCUAUGGCGGACCUGGCAAUUAUGGAGGCUAUGGCGGGUAUCCUGGAGGAUAUGGUGGCGCAAACGCCCAAAGCUAAUGCCCAAGCCAGUGCCACCAGUUACGGUGGAGGAUUCAGAAA